AUGGCUACUUCCGAUCACCUCGUCCUUGCAAAUGGCGCAUCCAAGCCCUCAGUAUUGAUAGUGGGAGGUCUUGGAUACAUUGGACGCUUUCUGGCAAAGUACGUUCAUUCUCAGAACCUUGCGUCUUCCAUUCGCAUCGUCGAUAAAGUCCUUCCACAGUUGGCCCAUCUUGCCCCAGAGUUCAACGAAGCAUGUUCGUCGGAGAACUUCAUCCAAGCCGACGCCUCGCGCGAGACCUCCAUGCCACGCAUCUUUGAACAUCCCGAAGGCCCAGAUGCCACCUGGGACUAUGUCUUUAACCUCGCCGGUGAGACGGCCUGGUCACAGACACCCGAGAUAUACAAGUUACGGUCAUUGCUGGUCAGUACCACACUGGCGAAAGAGGCGGCCAAACGUCGGGUCAAAGCAUUUGUCGAAGUUAGCACUGGCAUGGUCUAUGCCCCUAACCGGACCCCGCGCACGGAACAAGACAAAUUGAAGCCCUGGCUGAAACUUGCCAACGUCAAAUUGGAGGCCGAACAGGAACUUGCGCGAAUACCAGGAUUGAACCUGGUCAUCCUCCGACUGGCACAUGUCUAUGGGGAAUACGACUACAAGUUCAUUGCCAAAGGAUUAUGCUUGGCACGUGUUUAUCAAGAACAACAGAAAGAACUCAAAUGGCUUUGGACGGAAGACCUGAGAAUCAACACCGUUCAUGUGGAAGACGUUGCGCGAGCCUUGUGGGCGGCAGCCAAGUGGAGAACAACUAAUUCAACUAUUCCUUCAUCGUCACCCACCACCACCAGAAGACCAACCAUUGGCUCGAAAGGGGAAGAUGCUCCGAGCGGUAACGUCCCCAUUUUCAACAUUGUGGAUCAUGGACAAACGAGUCAAGGCAAACUUGCGGACAUUGUCUCCCAGGUUUUCGGCAUCGAGACCGGAUUUCAAGGGUCCUUGAUCUCUCAAUUCGCCAAGAUGAAUCUCGAGCAUGUCGUUGAUGAGCUCAACGAGGAUGUCCUGCAACCGUGGGCUGAUAUGCUUGAACGAAAGAACAUCACUAAGCCGGGUCCCCUCAGCCCAUUCCUAGAGAAGGAGCUACUCAAAGAUACAGAUUUGAGUCUCGACGGCAGUCUGUUUGAAAAGGUGGUCGGAUUCACAUAUAAUCGGGAAUCUGGCCUGACGGCGGAUGGUGUUAGGGAGAUGGUGGAAAGCUACAAGAGGAUGGGAUGGUGGCCUUGA